ACCAUGUGAGCUUUGCGCUUUACAUGAAAAACUAAGGAGUUGUCGAGGACAAAUCCCCAAGAAUCAAGUUGGUCAAACAAAUAAUUAGUGGCAACUGGCAAGUCAAAAUAACACUACGUGUAGCUGUUUAUUGUUGACUUUUUGUUAUUAUUUUAACUAAUAAUCUAAUUAAAAACUACUACUUCUUCUUAUGCAUGUUCUUUUCUUUCAAGCUUGUCAUUUUUUUAUGAUAUAAUAAUUUGUUUAAUAUGAAAAGGAACUAUAAUUUAGUAGACGACGUAAAUCUUGGUAGUUGACUAGUUGGUACAAAUUCGACCUGCAUCGGUUCAAAACAUCGAUUCAUCAUCUGGGUAGUACCUCAUUUCUAACGUUGAACUCGAUUUGUAUCAAGAAAUGACAUCGGAUACCAAGAUUCUGUCUUUUGAAGAGGUCUCAAAGCACAACCACAGCACUGAUUGCUGGCUGAUCAUUUCUGGAAAGGUAUAUGAUGUAACCUCAUUUCUUGAUGAUCAUCCGGGUGGCGAUCAGGUCCUAGUAUUAGCAUCCGGGAAAGAUGCAACCGAAAAUUUUGAAGAGGUUGGCCACACUGAAAAUGCGAUAGAAAAGAUGAAAGAUUUCUAUGUUGGUGAGCUCGAUAACAAUACUAUGUCUAAGAAAAAUACGUAUAAACCGCCUUCAACCACAGCCUAUGCAUCGAACCAAGCUCCCGCAAGUUCGUCUACCAACAGUUUAACAUUUGUUUUACCCAUAUUGAUUUUGGUUUUAGCAUAUGCUCUCUAUUAUUUUGGCAAGUAAGAAGUGGCAAUAUGAGUGCUCCUGCUUGUGUUAUUUGGUACUAAAUUCUUGACAUCGAUGGAAAAACAAAGUCUUUAUGCUUAUGUUGUGUGCUUUAUGGUGUUAAACCUGGUAAUAUUGAUCCAUAACCACAUAUUUUGAGUUA